UCUCGCCCUCGGAGCCACCUUUGUAGGAAGGAAACGGCCGAGCUUGCUAGAACGUUCCUGCGUUCCUUUCUUCUUCUCCUUUUUCCUCCCCCCUUCCGCUUCUGUGACGUCACGCGAUGUCCCGCCUCUUCCGCGCCGGUAGUUCUCUUCUACAGCCGUGCGUAGAAGUCGCCGCUCGGACCAGACGCGGCUGGAGCGCUUCGGGGCAGCCGAGCUUCUCGUCGCGGGGACCCGGGGACCCGGGGACCCAGGCUUGAACAGCAGCCGCCGCCUCCUCCGCGUUCCGUCCCGCGGCUGCCUUAGAUCCGUCGCCAUGAAGAACUUGCCGUACUUCUGUCGCGGAGAGGUGGUGCGAGGCUUCGGGCGGGGCUCCAAGGAGCUGGGCAUCCGCACAGCUAACUUUUCCGAAGAAGUGGUUGAUAGUUUCCCAUCUGAUAUCUCUACUGGCAUAUACUAUGGAUGGGGUUGUGUUGGAACUGGAGAUGUGCAUAAAGUGGUCUUGAGUAUAGGCUGGAAUCCAUACUACAAGAAUGUUAAGAAAUCAGUGGAAACACACGUCAUUCAUCCCUUCAAGGAAGACUUUUAUGGGGAAGUCCUCAGCAUAAUCAUUGUUGGUUAUAUAAGACCAGAACAGAACUUUGAUUCUUUAGAUGCACUUAUAGCUGCUAUUCAACAUGACAUUGAUGAAGCUAAAAAUCUACUUGAUUUGCCAGAACACCAGAAGUUUAAAGAUGACAACUUCUUUCACAGAGCAAAUGUCAACAGUAUGACUAAUGGUCAUUAAAUAUUUCCCUUUCUUUAUUUUCACUGCAGUUAUUUAAAUUGAACUGCUCUUAGCCGGUUUCUUUUUAAUAGAGAAGGCUGCUCUGCUCUUUAGGAUUGUUAUUCGGUUAGCAUUACAUUAAAAUGGUUAGUGAUUCUCUAAAAGUAACACUAUUUUUGUUUUUUCAAAAAAAGGGGGCAAUGUAACUUGACAAAUAGAAAGUGCAAUCUGUCACAUGUUGUUGGUGUCUAACUGCAGACAAAAGUUUGUUUCCUAAAUGUUUCUAAAUAUUUCUAAUGAUUGCUAUUUAUUUAAUUAAUAAUGCCCAUCCUGGAUAUUUUUAUAGUGAAAGAUUUCCAAUGGAAAAGUAAAAAUGGUAUCAGUAAUUUUACUGCCUGAAUUGUUGUCCUAGGGGGUUUUAAUUGUUCAUUUGAAACAUUAGCUGGAUUCAUUUGAAGCCUUUUUAAUCCCUUUAAACUAGGAUUUAAGCCCUCUGUGAAUGAAUUACGCUAUUAAUUUCAGUGGGAAUGAAAGCAUAACUUAAAUUUUUUCUGCCUUCAAUUGAGAAUUCCUAGAUAUUUAUAGAGCUUAUUUAUUUCACUGUUUUAUAGUACAGAAUAUAAUGGAAAGCCUUGAUCUUAAGAGAGGCAUCUGAACCUGGAACAUAACAAACCUUUAUUUUUGCAAAAUCUCCUUUACUUUUGAUGCAACUUUGUUGUUACAAAGCAGCCUUUCAUUUGAUUAAAUGCUCCUUUAAUUUACUUGGGAAAAACUGUGAUGAAUUUGGGUCUUUGUGUAUAUGUCCAGGUAGGCUUGACUGAGAAACAUGAUUGGGACCAGAAUAAGUCAUUGAGCAGAGUGGUUGUCAAGUGAUAUAUCAUGUGACUGCUUCAUUUAACCACUGUAAUUGUAGCAUUCCCAGUCAUGGUCAUUAAGCGAUCUCAUGGGUGGUUAGGUGGACUGAGUCACAAGGAGCAUGGGGGUAUCUCGGGGUAACAGAGGCCCUAGGAGGCUUUGAACAGGCAGUGGAUGAAUUGGCUGAUGCUGCAGGGCAAUGCAUAGCCAGAAGUAGAAGCUGUAGUCACCAUUGGAAGACACAACUGCUAAAUGCUUGCGAAGUUGCAAGACAGCCACCCCUCAUACAUGAACGGCUGAAUACACAGUGGUGUACAAAGCAGUCAACCUGUGGAAAGUUGGUAGUUGGAGUUGCAAUGCCCCUGCAGUCAUAAGUACCGAUAAGUUGUCAGGUGUCCACAAGGACAGUGCAAUACCUGUAACUUCAGGCACAGGUCACAAGUCCCUUUAUUCAGUGCUAUUGUAAUUUCGAAUGGUUGCUGAACAAAUGGUUGUAGGUCGGGGACUACCUGUAUGUAUAUGUUAUAUAUCUGUGUAUGCACACAUACACAUAUAUGGAUCUACAGUCAAUUCUUGUUAUUCACAGAAGUUACAUUCUAAAAGUAAUAAAUGCUGAUUUACUAAAUAUUGAGCUAUUGCUCUAUUCCCCAAAAGCAAAGUACUUUUAUAGUAUGGGAGUUGAAAUAAAAAGGCAAAGUAUCACUUUAUCAGCCUCAGUGGGAACAUGCAUGUCAGCUGACACACAUUUUUCACUGCUCUGAGCCUGUCUCCAAAUGAUUGCAAAACUGCAUUUGACAUUACAUAUACAUUUCAAUGUGUAGGUGAAAU